GCAUUCGCAGUGCCUUCGACAUUGUUAGAAGAAUUGCAGCUCCAUUCAGAGCGCGGGGGCUGUGUAGGGUUUGGCGUUUACGAAUCCGGCACCAUGUUGGCGAGGGGGCUUGGGCGCAGGCUGCUCGUACUUGCUCGUCUAGCGCAGUCCUCUCAGGGCGCUUCUUCUGCGGCUCUCGUAGACCUAAGCAGCGGUUAUACUACUAAGGAGGAUCGCGUUGUGAGUGAUGGGGGCAUGGCGUUGUCUCCCUCCAGCUCCUUCAGCCGGUCAUGGCACUUCUCUCGCGGAUUUGCGUCAGAUGCCUUGGCUGGGACUGCAUCGGGCACGCACACAGUACCAGCCACAGUACAGGCCUUGAAAAAUAUAUCGAAUGAGAUCACAUACGACGAGCACACGCACGAGCGAUGUGCACCAGGAGAUCCUAGCAAGAAGGCUUUCACUUACCUCGUCCUCACAGGUGGACGUUUCAUUUAUGCAUCAGCCCUGCGAAUCCUUGCGCUGAAGCUGAUUUUGUCUAUGUCAGCCAGUCGCGAUGUUCUUGCAAUGGCCUCCUUGGAGGUUGAUAUAUCUAGCAUCGAACCUGGCUCGACCGUGACCGUGAAGUGGCGUGGUAAGCCUGUGUUUGUGCGUCACCGCACUGAGGCUGACAUCAAGCUGGCGAACUCCACUCCUAUGAAUGAGCUUCGGGACCCCGAGGAAGAUUCCGUAAGGGUGCAGAAUCCUGAGUGGCUGGUAGUGGUAGGCGUGUGUACUCACUUGGGAUGCGUGCCUCUGCCGAAUGCUGGGGACUAUGGAGGCUGGUUCUGCCCUUGCCACGGUUCUCAUUACGACAUUUCAGGACGUAUCCGCAAGGGUCCGGCUCCUUACAACUUGGAAGUGCCACAAUAUAAGUUCACAGAGGAGACGAAGCUCCUGAUCGGUUAAGUGGGUUAGAUUGAGGAUUAUUUGAAUAAUUUUGGGCUUCAUCUGAAGCAUCUGUUGAGUUGGUUGUGAUCUUGGAAGGCGUGGCAGGAGUUUGCUACUCAUAGUGGACAUAUCAACAUGGAACAACAACGUUCAGGUGUUGGAAAGUCAAUUUUUAGGUGGUACAUGUUUCACACUUAUAUUAACAUAUGAAUGAGGAGCUAGUUCCCUUUCUAUCCAUGUCCGAAAUUAUCCGGAUUUACAAAUAAAUGUAAACUCAUUUUUGGCCGUCGAAGGAUCUUCUGCGGUACUUGAA